UUCCGAAUACGUCACUCCAUUUAUGUCAAUGAGGGUGUUUCCUGUUAAUUUUUAGUUCAACAAGAUGGCGAAAACUUACGAUUAUUUAUUUAAACUCUUGUUAAUUGGCGAUAGUGGUGUUGGAAAGACUUGUGUUUUAUUCAGAUUCUCCGAAGAUGCCUUUAAUUCAACAUUUAUAUCAACGAUAGGUAUAGAUUUUAAAAUUCGAACGAUAGAAUUGGAUGGCAAGAAAAUAAAACUUCAAAUAUGGGACACAGCUGGACAAGAGAGAUUUAGAACCAUAACUACAGCUUACUACAGAGGUGCUAUGGGUAUCAUGUUAGUUUAUGACAUCACAAAUGAAAAAUCAUUUGAAAACAUUAGAAAUUGGAUUAGAAAUAUUGAAGAGCAUGCAUCACAAGACGUGGAGAAGAUGGUUUUAGGCAAUAAAUGUGAUAUGAACGACAGAAGAAUGGUGUCGAAAGAAAGAGGAGAAAAAUUAGCAAUUGAGCAUGGUAUUAAGUUUAUGGAAACAAGUGCCAAAGCCAGUAUUAAUGUAGAAGAGGCCUUCUUUACCUUGGCAAGAGAUAUCAAGGCAAAAAUGGAUAAAAAAUUGGCACAUGAUCAUCUGUUAAAUGCAGAGUCUUCGAGUGCACAAAACAAAGGACACAAAUUAAAUGAAAAAACUCCUCAAAAAUCAAGAUGGAGAUGUACAAUACUUUGAAGAAAUAUCAUUGGUUUAUGCAGUCAUGUGAUUCCCAUAACACCAUUUGAUUGGCAAGGUUUAGUGUUUCUAAAUCAACCAGCCAAUACAAGAACCAGCUUUUAUCAUUUGAUACGCAUCUGGCCUUUGAUUGGUCAGCCAGAGACAAUUCAACAUACAUCAUUAUGUAAAUAAGUUCAUGAAUAUUCAUGAGUUAUGUAAGACUGCUCACUAGUUGAUUAUUGUCUUGACAUCAAAUAAAAUGAGCUACCAGCCCUGUCAAAAAGGAAAUGAGAGUAAAAUAAAGUUACACCCUCAAUAUUAAAAUAAUGUAGGGUGUUCAAUCUUUUAGAUUUUUUAAUGAAAAUUUGUUUUAAUAUAUUUUUAUGUUAGAUCAAAACAGGGUAUUUUGUAGUUUUUGUAACAAAGAGGGGAAAAAGAUAUUUUCAGUUGAACUUUUAAAACUUGUUACAUAUAUUUUAUUUUUUCAAUAAAUUAUAACAAAAAUUCUUUAAACUAAAAAUGUUUUAAAUGUUUUUUUUUAGUUUUAGCUGGUUGUUUAAAUAGAAAUAGAGAUACUUUUUGUACAAACAAUUUUUUGUUUAAAUUAUUGCUCAAAUUUAAUGCAGAUAAGAAUAUGGAGCUAUUAUAUAAGAAAAAUUGGCCUAAUUAUUACAGACUUUGUAGCAUAAUAUGAAAAAAAUGACUUGAUUUAAUACAAAGAAUACAAAUUAAAAGUGGUGUGUUAUUAUUUCAUUAAGAUUUAUUAACACUUAAAAACAAGGACUGGUUUUCACUUUAUUUUUGCCUUCUUUUUGUUCAGGAUUGAUGCAUUAGAACCCUACAGAAAAAGGGCUUCAAAAUUUAUUGGUUUCCUCACUUCAUCUUUUAUGAUUGAAGCAUGGUGUGAUAGUCAGCAGAUUGAAAAUCUGUUCUAAGUGUAAUUAUCAAUGUAUGAGUGUGUUUGUGCUAAUUUCUAAAAAAAGAAGGAAUAUUUUGUGUUCAAAGGUAUGAACGUAUGACACUUAAUCUUGGUUGUGUUUUUUUCUGAAUGAGUACAUAUGUAAAUAUUUCAUGGUCCGAUUGAUAAUAUUACUGUGGAUUUAUUUAUUUUUCGUGGAUGAGAGAAAAAUUUGUGGAUUUAUUUAUUUUCUUGGAUCUGGAUUGGAGAAAAAUUCGUGGAUUUAUUUAUUUUCGUGGAUUGGAGAAAAAUUUGUUGAUAAUUGAUUUUGUGGUUUUGCCAAAAUCUGCAUACAAGUCUAUAGAACAUUUGUACUUCAUAAAACAUUUAAAUUUUGGGUUAACUUUUACCCUCAAAAUUAACGAUAAAUUGAUAUCACACGAAUAAUAAUGAAUUCACAGUAUGUUAUUCAAACUUUGAUAAUAGAAAAAUAAAACCUGGCUGCAGUUCAAAGCCUCCAUAUUGUCAUCUACUUUUGUAGAUGUCCUCGAUGGCAAAAUAUGAAAUUUUUAUUCAUUUGUUAUUUAUGACUGAAAGGUAGGGCUGGCAGCUCAUUUUGCAUAAUCACUACAUAAUUAUGUAUGUGCUUCCUUUAACUUAUAUUUCACCUUGAAAUUCAAUAAACCUGUCUUAACCAAGCCAUGUUUGGACUAAAAGAUUUCGUCUGGAUUUCACAAGAUUAAUUAUUAAAGAAUUGUCACCUUAUGUCCUGAUAGAAGAUCAAUUAGACAUCUAUCAGGUCAAGACAAAGGAUAAAGAUGUGAACAAUCACAGGUAACUUUAAGGCCUCCAACAAUGAGCAAAACCCAUACUGUAAAGUCAUCUGAAAAAGGCUUGGGAUGACAAAAUUGAAAUGAUUUGAAAUAGAAAACCAACUGCUUUAUUUAUACUACAACAACAAAACCAUUAAUGGUAAGCAAUUGCAACCAAAGACAACCAUUGGACAACAGGUUUCUGACUUUUAAUAGACACAUAAAGAAUGUGGUGGAGUUAACAUGUUUGUGAGUAUUUAACCCUCCCUCAAACCUAGGACAUUAGGGUAACAACACAACAUAACAAUAAGGGCUAUUCCAUUAAAAUGUAUGUGGGAGGGUAGGAAGGGACUUUCAAAAUAUCCCUACAACCAAGAACCAUUUUUUAGAUAAUUUUUCAUAAUGGUAAUAGACACAUACUGAAAAAAGACCCAUGACCCACAUUCAAUAAUUAAACUUCCCUUCCUACCCUCCAACAUACAUUUUAACAGAAUAGCCCUAAAGUGUAAUAAUCAGUUAGAAAGGGGCUUGACUCAUUAGUUUGACAAGACUUUUUUUACACAUGGUUUGGUUAAGACAGGUUUCACUGUGCGUUUCUUGCUAUUAUAACCUGAUAAUUUACUUUUAUGGUCAAUUUUUACCAUUUGUAAAUAGUACUCUACAAUGCAGCUACUAGUAUAUUAUAUUGGCGUUUCUGUUAUAGCUACCUGUCCGACAGAAAUAAUUGUACAAUAGUAUGUGAAAACCUACUUUUAUUUUGAAAGUAAAAUUCAUGUUUAGCAUACAAAUCAUCAUAACUAAUUUGUUCUAUUGUGGAAAUGUUGAAGUAAGUAACUAUCACAUGACAGUCAUUUGACAGUUUCUCAUUUCUUUUCAUUUGAAGAUUAAAAAAUAAAAGAGUUCUUAAAUUAUGAGCGUUAUGUAUGUCAGGGGAGAUUUCAAGUGAAAGAAUAUGUGAAACUAUAAAUUGCAUUAAAUUAUUAGCUCCAAUAGAAUGCUUAUUUGUAAUCUUCCCCUUAAUCAACAGAAAUGUUAAUGAAAUCAUCCACUUAAUCAUUACGUUUUCACUACAGGUUGUUCUCUAUUUGAUGUUCCAGUAAGAGUUGUCUCUCUUUUAUGAAAGUACAUUUAACGGUCUAUAGUAUAUAAGUUAUUUUUAGGCCAUAGAUUUAAUUUCUAAGCAGAGAUAAAACUUAUUGUUUUUUUAAAAGAAAAUAGGUUUUAGAUCAUUGUUGAAGGCAGUAGAGUGACCUAUUGUUGAUCUGGUCUCCAGUGGAUAGAUGUCUCAUUGGCAAUCAUACCACAUCUCCUUAUUUUUAUAUAUUCUAUGAAAAUUUAGAGUCCUAUAUGAAACCUAUUCCUGAGCAAGUUCUUAAGAAGUGUGCAAACAAAUAUGCUGAUAUGGAAAUACCAGCCCAUAAGAAAAAUUUGUAAAAACUGCAUUUGAAUUAUGAAAUUUUGGAAUGGAAAGUAAUAAAAAAUCAAAACAAAUAUGAUGUUCAGAACAGUUAGUUUUCUUCUGGGAUAAUCCAGUCUUGAGUUUCAUUAGCUAUGUUUUUGUUAGAUUUCUGUUACAAAAUAUGGUGCAUUAAGUCUGUGAAUUGAUUUUACAGAAAUUUUAUUAAAAACCAAUCUGUAAGAAACAGCAGUGACAACUAAAAAAUUAAAAAUCUGGAAUUGAAGGUUGUUAAUAAUAAACGAUAAGGCUUAUAGUAUCUUUCUCUACAGUGCAUAUAUACAAUAUGAUUCAAUAAUAACAUUUUUACUUGUGUUGAAUGAAUCACAGUUAAACUGGUUGAUUGCUGAUAACACUCUUCUUUUCAACCCCUUCAUAAAAAACCUUAUGAAUAUCAUCAAUCGCUGCCAUUCAGUGUAAAAAAACUCUUGCUAGAAAUAUUGUACGUUCAACCAGUUUUGGGUGUACUAUGCUUAUUAAACUCAACUGGGACCAUGUGCACCAAAAUUUAAAUUAGUGCCUCAGGAUUCACUUAUUAGAUUGUACUUAAAGAUUUAACAAUCACUUGUUAUAUGUUCAUUUUGUCAAGAAAUCUUUAUAUCAUCUUUACAGAUCUAGACAUAAUUUCUGCUGUAAAAAAAAAAUGAUUUAGACAAUUUAAUGAAUGGUAAUUAUGCUAAGGUUGUUAAAAACUGGCAAAGUAUAAGAAGAUAUUGUUUUGAUACAUUAUGUGUCUGUGAAAAGGGAGAGAGAAUGAAAUAUAAAUAUAUAUACCAUUAAAUUCUAUUUGAAUUUAUGAAUGCUAAAUGUCUCAUUAGUUUGAUAGUAGUGCUUAUUUUGCAUAAUGAAAUGAAGGGUAAUUUGUAUUUCAAGUUAUUGCAGAUGACAUUCUUUGAUGAACUUGGUCAAGAUAUAAAGUCAUUAUAAAUUAAAAUUUACAAACAAUCUGUAUCUGUAUAUGAGUAUACUAGUUAUGAAGCAAUUAAAAAAUGUGGAAAACGUAUGCAAAGCAGGUGCUUGCUAGAUAGUUGAAAAUCAAUAUUAAACGGUAUGUAACAUAAGUGCUUACAAAUUAAUGUAAAUUAGAAAUUAUUACAAUGUUUUUAUUAUUGCAAAAAUUGCGAUGGGAUAGGUUCCACAAAAAUAAGAACUUGCAUUUUAAUCUUCUGUAGCAUUAUUAUAAUGUAGCAUUUCCUGAAAUCACAAUAAUUAAUCUCCCAUUUAUGUCCAUUUCAGGGGCAGAUCCACCCAUUUUUAAAAUGGGGGUUCCCAACCCAGGAUAAGGGGGGGUUCCAACCAUAUGUCCCCAUUCAAGUGCAUUGAUCGUCCAAAAAAAAAAAAGGGUGUUACAACCCACGGAACCCCCCCCCCCCCCACUGGAUCCGCCACUGCAUUGUUCAACAAUCACAAUAAUAAAUGCACGCAACAAUUUCUGAAUUUACAGAAUAUCAGUAUAAAGUUGCUUGUAGUGAAGUAAUGAAUAAUUGUCAGAAAACGUGUCCUUGAACCUCUUCUUUAAAUAUGAUAAUGAUGAAUAAAUGUUUGGUUGUAUAUCUAAAUCAUGGUAAUCUACCAAUGGCCAUAAAUUAAAAUUGUUCAUGACCUAUUUUUUAAGACAUUGUACACUACAGAUCUUCUUUGUAAAGAGUUUAAUUUAAACACUUACUUUUUGUUGGAUUUGCUUACACAUGUAGCAGGGUCACCUCAUAUUCUGGACACUUUUUUUCACAAAGAAUAUGAAAUAUUUAUUUAAAAGUUUUUUUUUAUUUUAAGCCUUGUCUUAAGCUUGUUACUUUAAAAAAAAACAGAAAAGAAGGCAACAUAUCACGUAUUGUUGAAGUUGGCAUUAUAUAUCCGGGAUAACAAAAUUGAAAUAAAUUAAAAGAAAUGUUCAUGGAGAAAACAUUUUAUCAAUACAAUUAACCAACAUUGAUAUGUUUUUGUUUUUUUUUUGGCAUUGACUAUUUCACUUUAUUUAAGGUUUCAAAUCCUUUCUAUUACAAAACUCGAGUAUGAAAGUGUAAACAUCUAUCAUGAACAAAACCUGCUGUAAAUAUUGUAUGCUUGCACUUAAUGUUCAAAAGUGUAUAAUUUUAUGUAAAAAAUAUGUAAAUUUCUGGUGAACAUAUAGAUUUGUUAUGAACUGUUUUAACUGAUUUUAUUUUGUUAUGUCCCUUUGUUAUCCAAGGAUUAUUAAAUUGUCUCCCUUGUAAGUGAAUUUUUAAUUUAUGAUUUAACUUUGUUUAACACUCCUGAAUGGUUAUUGCUUAUAUAUUUACAUUCUAUUUCAUGAAAAAAUUUGUAUUAAGAAUUUUUUUGUAAGUUAACAAACAAUUAAAAACUUGCAGAUCAA